AUGGAUAUCAGCUACAAUAGCAGCACAGGCAACCAAAAUUGUGGCCUUGACAUGAGCAUGGAAGGUCUAAUCCUCCAUGAUCAUCAACUUCCUUAUCAUGAUUUGGUCAACCCUAGUUAUCCUCCUUUACUCCGUUCAGGGUUCCCCAGUGAUCAUCAACAGGGGACCCUGAUAGAGGAACAGCAAGAAGAGCCAGAAGAAGAGCUAGGAGCCAUGAAAGAGAUGAUGUACAAGAUUGCAGCAAUGCAACCAGUGGACAUCGAUCCAGCCACCAUUCAAAAGCCGAAAAGGCGCAACGUUCGGAUUAGUAAUGAUCCCCAGAGUGUAGCUGCACGCCAUAGAAGAGAGAAGAUAAGUGAGAAGAUGAGGAUUCUCCAGAGAUUGGUUCCAGGAGGAACAAAGAUGGACACUGCUACUAUGUUGGAUGAAGCCAUCCGCUAUGUCAAGUUCUUAAAGAGACAAGUGCAGGAAUUGCAGUCCAAUCAAUCUAUGUCACCAUGGCAUACCAACGGAGUAGACAUGGGACACUUGUCAAUGAAUGAUUGUCCAUUUAUACCGAAUGAUACUCUCGGCAUCACUUCCUCCUCUUCUUCCUCGGUGCAACCGGUUGGAGAGGCCGGUGGAUUAUUCACCAUUGGUGGCACCGGCGACAUCCCAUGUCAUGAUACCUUGUGCUUUAACGAUCAUGAGGUAAUUAGGAUCAAUGACUUGAGUAAUUAGUUGUCAUGCAUCAUUGUAAGUUCAAUUUAGAGAAUUUUUUUUGGGUGAAUAGUUCAAUUCAGAGAGAGAAAAUUGAAGAUGGUGAUCAUCUCCAAGUUAAC